AUGGCCCGGGCCAUGGUGAGCCACUGGCCCAUAAUCACCUCAAGCACACAUCCAUUCUCAUCUACUCCUUCACCAUCGCCCCGUUAUUACAGCACGCCCUUAUCUUCCCACUUCCGGUGCAAAAUUUCCCAAAAAAACUCGGUCGCUUCUUGUUCCGGCAACGCCGCCGCCGUCGCUGAUAGGGUUCUGGUGGACAUUAAAAUUUCAGGCAUAAUCGCCUGCCUCCGCGCCAAAAGUGCAGAGGAUGCUGUUGAAGCUGCCCGGGCAGCACUCAGAGGUGGGAUUUCAGUUUUGGAGAUUACAAUGUCCACUCCAGGUGUUUUUGAGGCUUUGCAAGUUUUGGUCCGAGAAUAUCCUUCAGUCUCGAUCGGUGUUGGGACUGUGUUAGACAGAGCAGAUGCUAAAAAUGCAUUAAAAAUAGGAGCCAAGUUUCUUAUGAGCCCUGCAAUGGUUAAGGGCAUUUUAGAUGAUGUUUCGGAGGGCCAAGCUUUGUAUAUACCCGGAGCAACUACUCCUACAGAGAUAUUAUAUGCAUUCAAUGAUGGUGCCAAAAUUGUAAAGGUUUAUCCAGUUUCUGCACUAGGUGGAGUCGAUUAUGUUGCGGCAUUAAAGAAGCCAUUUCCUCAUAUUCCUCUGGUUGCAUCGCAAGGCAUAUCAUUAGAUUCAGUCGAACAAUAUAUUGCUCGGGGAGCAUCAGCAGUCGUUUUAUCAGACGCGAUAUUUGAGAAAAAGGCAAUGGAGGAACAAAAUUUUUUUCUAAUACAAGAACUUGCAAGUGUUGCAGCUUUUAAGAGCACUGAAGCUUUAAUAAGGAAAGCUAGGGACCGAUAA